AUGGCUGUCUCUGACUCUUCCUCGGCCGAGGGCCUUGUCGUCCUCGCCUCGACGCGCGCCGUCAUCACUCUGCCCGACGAUUCCCUCGUUCUCACGCCAGCGACCAUUACUCUGUCGCCUUCCACCGGCAGGAUUGUCGACAUUGUCCACGAGGUCCUCCCCGCCUCGUCCUUUCCCGCCUCCACAACCUACGUUGACCACGGCGACAAGGUCCUCUUACCUGGUCUUGUCGACGCUCACGUCCACCUCAACGAGCCGGGUCGCACCGAGUGGGAGGGUUUCUGGACCGGCACACGCGCUGCUGCUUCGGGUGGCGUCACCACUGUCAUCGACAUGCCCCUGAACGCUAUUCCCCCCACCACGACGCUCGCUGGCUUCAAGGAGAAGCUGGCGGCGAGCGAAGGCCAGUGCUGGGUUGAUGUCGGCUUUUACGGCGGCGUCAUCCCCGGAAACGCCGCCGACCUCCUGCCUCUCGUCGAAGCAGGUGUGCGCGGCUUCAAGGGCUUCCUCAUCGAGUCUGGCGUCGACGAGUUCCCUGCCGUUUCGUCUGGCGAUGUUGCUCUCGCCAUGGAGACCCUCAAGGGCACGCCUACGACGCUCAUGUUCCACGCCGAAAUGAUCCCUCCCAUUGCCGACUCGGUCGGUGACGCCGUCCAGCAGUCGCAGCCGCCGCUGGCCCCCGUCGGCGAGCUCACGGCUUACGACACGUUCCUUGCCUCCCGCCCACCCUCUUUCGAGACGUACGCCAUUGACCAGAUCUUGUCUCUUGCCCACAUCGCCCCCGACCUGCACCUGCACAUUGUCCACCUAUCGGCGGCCCAGGCCAUCCCCGCUCUCAAGAGCGCGCGCCAGGCUGGCGUCAAGAUCACUGCUGAGACGUGCUUCCACUACCUUGGGCUCGCCGCCGAGUCGAUCGAGGACGGCGACACGCGCCACAAGUGCUGCCCCCCGAUUCGCGAAGACUCGAACCGCGAUCUGCUGUGGGAGGAGUUGCUGGCCGAGGACUCAUGCAUCCGUACCGUUGUCUCGGACCACUCGCCCUGCACGCCCCAACUCAAGCUACUGCCAGGUCAUCUCGCGGCGCCGCCAUCCUUCGAGGCCCCACCCAUGUCCCUCUCCGAUUCAGGUGUCGACGUCAAGUCGGCCCUUGAUGACGAGGAGGCCACUCUCCCCAAGCCCGUGACGGCUGCGCCCAGUCCCGGCGUCAGCACAGAGGACGUGUCGAGCGGCGACUUCUUCGCCGCCUGGGGCGGACAUCAGCUCCGUCGGUCUUGGUCUGCCCAUUCUCCACGCCGAGCCGCGACGCGGGCAUCGCUGGGCAAGGGCGGCCUGACACUCGUCGACGUCGCACGGCUGUGCAGUCAGGCGACGGCCGCGCAGGUCGGUCUCAGCCACCGCAAGGGCGGCCUCCGGGUCGGUCUCGACGCCGACGUAUGCGUCUUUGACGACCGCGAGGCGUGGACGCUGCGGAGCGGCGACAUGCGCUGGCGCAACCGGUGCUCGCCGUGGGAGGGCAAGCAGUUUGGCGGCCGCGUCCGGGAGACGUGGGUGCGUGGACAAAAGGUCUUUGAGUUUGGCGGCCGAGGCGGCGGUUUCGUAGAGGGCAAGCCUGUUGGCGAGGCCAUUGUCGAGAGGAGGACCAUGUAA